CUUUCAUCACACACGUGCACUUUGAUCGUGUCACCCGCGCAGGAUUUCUUGUUUGCAGCUGCAGUGAUCCAGUGCCGGGUGAUCCACGAUGCAUACUCCCCAGUAGCUUUUCCCCAGACCACGACACACUCGUGAGAAGCAGCGGUGACCCUCGUCAUAUUUGCUCCCAAGCACACUUGCAGCUGCGCAGACCGAACUUUUCCAAGUCAAGGAUUGUCCAAGUUCAUCUGAGCCCUUCUUUGGAUACUUCCAAAUGAUGGCACUGACUUGGACCAGCACCACCAAUGGCCCGUCGCUUCAUCACACGCGGUCCAGCUUCGAACCUUGGGCGGGCCCCACUAGCACGACGGCCACUGCCACUGGUGAAACGCCAGUUCCUGGCACCCUCGACUCUCUGACCCCCAAGCGCUCCUCCUUAGUGCACCGGUCGCACCAGUCCCGACGAUCCGUUCCAAGCUUUCACCUCCCCAGCCUCCAGACUACUACUCUCACAGCUUCAGCGUCCGCUUCGGCUUUGGCGUCAACGACAACUUCCUGCUCGGCCACAUCAUCCUCGAAGCGCAAUUCUGCCCCCGUGGUCACAUUCUCGCCCAAUAUCUUAUCGGGUCCUAAUGACGGGCGACCUCAGCAAGCCUCCCUCUCACCCGUGCUUCGCCCUGAUGUGAAGCGCACCAUGCCAUCGAGCGUGGCAUAUUCCGAAACGAGGACCCUGGCGAGCGAUCAUAGUCGCGCCUUGAAUGGUGCUUAUCGAUUGGGGUCCGACAGGAUCAACAACAACGACGCCUCGGAGAUCGACGAGGGUCGUCCCAAGAAUGAAGAUGUCUUUCUGAACAUUGCAAGAACCGACUCAGGUCGCCGAGACUCCCUUGGCCGGUCGGAUUUCAGACGAUCGCGACUAGGAUAUUCGACUCAAAGCCUUCGGUCGCCAACCACGCGAGCCGAUCCAGAACAAACCCCUUCCCCAGACCAGCGCUUUAGCAAUGUCGACAGCCCCUUGCUUUCGCAGAAUGGUUCGCCCACAGUCCCCUUGGGCUCGGUCAACCACUCCCCAUCCGCUUCUGGCCUUCCUCUCGACGACCCAGCCCGCUUCCGCUACUCGAGCCUGACCUCGGGCUCGCGAUCAGUUAUUGGCGCUCCGCGCAGCAGACUCAGUCGAACGAGCCCAGAGACCUCCCCACGUUCACCACCAGUCAACGGCGACCGACGGUCAUCCAUCCACGAACCGCGCCUACGGCAUUCUACCCUAUCUACAAUUCGAAGCAGCCGCCAGCCUUCCUCUUCCGAGGUUACGGAGCGUGCACGGGGAGAAACCGACAAGGCCCGCGACGGAACCGAAUCUACUCUGUCGACCAACGCCCCUUCUACCGUCUGGGACGAACUAGACGAUCUCAAGUCUCGAAUCCGCAAGCUGGAGCUCACCGGCAAAUUACCGCCAUCCUCGCAAGAAGCGAUCUCUGGGGCCGCCCAAGAACGACCGCGGACUGCAGCAACUACUUUAACUGCAUUGUCGACUUCACCCAAGCACCACCGCAAAGUCAGCACGCCCUCGGCAGACGCUGACUAUGUGGCACAGAGCCAAGUUCACCCACUGUUGCAGUCGGCACUGGCGAAAGCCAAAGACGUACUGACUAGUGACGUUUACACGGCGCUGGAAGCGACGAUCAAAGAUGCCUUGACCUUGUCCACCAUGUUGGGCGUCAAUACAGCUCCGUCGGGCACGGUCUCCGUCGUGAAUGGAGGGUACAGUUCGUCCGAGAGACACGCCCGCCGCAAAGCGGACAGCAUGUGCCGCAGCCUGACCGAGCUGUGUCUAGCUCUGACGGACAAGCAACUGCAAAGGAAUCGAUCGCGUUCGACAAGCCACGUUCCGGGGACGCAACCGCAGCGAGUAAAUGGCGACGAGAGUGAACCCUUGGUGCCCGGCCCAUCCUAUCAACGGGCCCCCAGCCACGAACCAGAGGGUCUUGAGCGGCGUCCGAGCACGAGCAGCCGCAUGUCCAGUCGCUUAGAAGCACGCAGAAUGUCAUUGAUGAAUCCCGCUACGGCAACUGCUCCAGAGAGCAAAUUACCACCGUCGCCCAACGUUGCUCCACCACCAAGCCGUCUCCAUCGCAUGUCGGCCUCUCUCCGCGGUCGCAGGCCACCAGCCGAGGACGAGACUUCGGAGACAGCCAGUCCACUCAAUCGGUCUCUUUCUAAGGCCAUGACAGAGGUGGGGACACCGAGUCCAGCGCAGAAUGUAUCUCCACGACAGCGUUUGUCUCAUAGCGGCUCCGUAUCUCGCUCAUUUCCGAAUUCUCAGCAGCAGGAUCAGCAGGAUCAGGGAAUGGGUGUCAGUCCUCGCACCUCGCAGUACCAGCAGACUCCCACUCCCUCUCAAACACCCCAAGCUCAACCUCGCACCCCCACUACCUUAUCUCAAUCGAGUAUCCCGUUCCGCCGCAGUUACAUGGCACCGGCCGUAUACUCCCCGGCUACAUCCCGCUCCAACAUUCAGGCCGGAUCCCGCCGGUAUGGUCUCCCAUCCAGCUUCUCUAGCACCACGCCGGGCUCUGUGGCCGAGGAGAGACCUCAAUCCUCUCAGCUAGGCCCGGCCCAAACCCGCAUCAGCGUGCCUUCAGGCAAAUCCGCUACCAGCUAUACCCCCAUUCAGCAACCUCGUCUCCGUACCAACAGCCUAGGCACGCGGAGAUUCGGCCUCAGACGCCGCUCUGCCGCCACCCCCGAUGACACUUUCAACUUGGACGACAGCAUCGACUAAGCGAGUUCAUCCCGUCUUUUUGCCGCAUAUCUUGUCAUGUCACUUUUUUGUCUGCUUUGCAUUGUGUUGAAACGCCAUCAUGCAUACCUACCAUUGUUAGGAAUUCGGUCACGCCUCCUUGAUAUCAUAUGUUCACGCAGCGUCCUCGCAUUGAUCUUAUUUAUGGAGAUCUAUCUUCUUCUUGUCGGCGUUCCUCUUCCGUUUUCUUUAGACGCUUGUGCAUGCAUCCCACCUGAGUUUGGAGUCGUCCUCUGUCUGCUGCAUUGCCCAGUCCAGCUCAAAUUCAUCCGUUCACCAUCCUUCACGAGGUACGUUGCACCUCGAUGUACACCUUCGACAUCGAUGCACCGUUAAACUCUAUAUUCUUCCUGCAUUUUAUCCCGAGGCUCCCACUCGGAGAAAGGGACAUUUUGGGGAAAACCGAGCCCCUGUUCCUUUUACACCCACUUUUUCUCCUUCGCCAUCUGUCAUUUCCAAAACUAUUCGACCACCGGGCCUGGGACUGGGCACUUCAUAAUCCGGCUAACCACGUCCAUUGAUUGUACAAAACAACCAUCAUAACCAUCAACCAUCACAACCGGCGUCGGUGUUUCAGUCCCUUUUCAUUUUCUCUGUACAUGUUGCCCUGGACUCUUUGUUCUUACAUUGUCACCGCGCCGUGAAGUCACGUCAUCUUUCUUCAUGUCACUCGUGCUUCUUCUUGACUUUGAUCUCGCGCGGACUUGUUUCUUCACGCUUAUACGGAACGGAUUUUGAUUAACGAAUUGAACGAGAAUUUUUUACAGUUUAACUUGCUGUCCC